UCUCCUAGGUUCGCCCGGCUGGCCAGCGCGCCAACAUCUGGGUCUGGAUUUCUCCCGGAUUUCUCUCUCCCUCCUUCCGCUCCCGCUCGCCCGACUACCAUGGAUGUCCCACCAUUCCUUGCAGGCGAAAGCUGCUGCUCCUUGGCGCAGUGAACGAAGAUCAUGCAGGCUUGGCUGGUGGCGCUGGGAAGCGGAGAGAGUCCCCUCGCCUCGGCGUGACCAUGCCGUGAUCGCGUCUCAGGGCCAGGCACUUCUUCUCACGGCUCCUUGGCGCUUUACCCGACCGCGGGGGAAACCUUGACGCUGAAGCAAAGGGGGCCGGAAGGGAAGCGGCGCGGGUGUGCGUAGGAAACACCAUGAAGAUUAUUUCCCCGAUUCUAACUCAUCCAGUCUUCAGAGGCACCGCUCGGCUCCUGCUUUGCUUAAUGUGGAUUGGAUAUUCUCAAGGCACCACACAUGUGUUGAGAUUCGGGGGUAUUUUUGAAUGUGUGGAAUCUGGUCCAACUGGAGCAAUGGGAGCAGAAGAAUUGGCCUUUCGAUUUGCUGUGAACACAAUCAACCGAAACAGAACCCUGCUGCCAAAUACUACACUAACAUAUGACACUCAGAAAAUUAAUCUCUAUGAUAGUUUUGAAGCAUCUAAAAAAGCUUGUGACCAGCUGUCAUUGGGAGUAGCAGCUAUCUUUGGCCCUUCCCACAGCUCUUCAGCAAAUGCAGUGCAAUCCAUCUGCAAUGCUCUGGGGGUUCCACAUAUACAGACUCGCUGGAAGCAUCAGGUUUCAGACAACAAAGACUCAUUUUAUGUCAGUCUUUAUCCAGAUUUUUCUUCACUCAGUCGUGCCAUCCUUGACCUUGUGCAAUUCUUCAAGUGGAAAACAGUCACAGUGGUUUAUGAUGACAGCACAGGUCUCAUUCGAUUGCAAGAACUUAUUAAGGCUCCAUCAAGGUACAAUUUGCGUCUAAAAAUUCGCCAGCUACCUUCUGACACCAAGGAUGCCAAGCCUUUGCUCAAGGAGAUGAAAAGAGGCAAAGAAUUCCACGUCAUCUUUGACUGCAGUCAUGAGAUGGCAGCAGGUAUUUUAAAACAGGCUUUAGCAAUGGGAAUGAUGACAGAAUACUAUCAUUACAUCUUUACUACACUGGACCUCUUUGCUCUUGAUGUGGAGCCUUAUCGGUAUAGUGGAGUAAACAUGACUGGUUUUAGGAUUCUAAAUACAGAAAAUAGUCAGGUGGUGUCCAUAAUUGAAAAGUGGUCCAUGGAACGAUUGCAAGCUCCUCCAAAACCUGAUUCGGGUUUGCUGGAUGGAUUUAUGACG